AUGACUGGAGCGGAGGUAGCAGGCUCAGGUAACCUUGUCAUGGGUCGUUGUGUGAUUGUUGGUAAAUCUACAUGUGUAUUGUAUGACUCUGGAGCGACACACUCUUUUGUGUCUGAAACUUGUGUGAAAAGGUUGGGUUUGCCGGUUUGUGAACUACAGUGUGACCUUGUGGUAUCUACUCCGACAUCAGGAUUGGUCAGGACAUCCUUCUUGUGUGCUAGGGAUCCAAUGGAGGUAGAAGGACGCAGGUACAAAGUGAAUCUGAUUUGCCUACCUCUACAGGAGUUGGAAGUGAUUCUAGGAAUGGAUUGGCUCUCCGCCAAUCGUAUCCUUAUAGACUGCCGAGAAAAGAGGCUGUUAUUUCCCAACUCAGAGGAGCCUAAGUUGUUAUCAUCUCACGGGGCUGGGAAGGAGCUACAGGACGAUGCUUAG